GGGAACCCUUAAUGUAUGCAGUAGUUAUUGACAAUUCCGAUAAACCAAAAUCAUUCUGGGAUGAAUUACGAGAUAGUUAUCCGGAGUUUUCGCCAGCAAAAGAAAACCCUGCUAAUGAUAUUUUUGAAACUGAUAUAUGUAUUUUAUUCCCAAUUGCAGAGAUUACAUAUGACGGGCCAAUAAAUAAAGGCUUUAUGUUUAAUUUAAAUAAUGAAGAAGUGAAGGUCUUCAUAACAGAUAAUGUUGAAUAUGGACACUUUUUUGCUAAAAAACUACUGGCUGGCGGAAAAUUGAUUCUCAGGAAUUUUGCCGAUGCCAAACCUGUGCAAAUUGAGCAUUUAAAAUCACAUUUGGCAUGGGCACUUGAUUCAUAUCAUUUACGAAUAGAGAAUCCAUUUGAAGAUACAACAAUAAUCGAUUUUCCUAUUAUUGAGACAACAAAUAAAAGCUUUUUAAAAACUCCAAAAGAUCUAGCAAAAUGGAUUAGACGUUUGUAUGAAGACAAUGUAGCUGAAAUAAUAACAUAUGAAGAAAUUGUUCCAAUAUUUACAUUUCUAGGAAAAAAAAUAAAACAUAUGUAUAAUUCCAAUGCGUUUAUUAAUCGGUUGGUUCCAGGAAUCUCUAGUAAACAUAGAGAAAUCUCCAUGAAGGACUGGAUUGAUGAUAUACCUUUAAGAAAUUUACUUACAUGGAUUAAUAACGAUAAGCUCCCUAUUCAACAUGGAAUGUUAAUAAAUCAAUUUGGAGUCUCUUUAGCCAAAAAUCAAGCAUUAACUUUUACACAGGCACCAAUUGUCUCCAGAAGAAAUAAUUAUUAUUUGCAGCUUAUUCAACCUGAAACUCGUUUGGAAGAAACUUUUCUAAGAAAUAACAUUACUCAUAAACUGUAUUCAAUUCCAUUUUUUGAAGAUAUUUCGACAACACAAAUUGACAAUUUUUACUUAUUUUUAAAUAAUGAAAAAAUCGAAAUAUCCCUUGAUCAAUGCGUUGCUCCUUUGCCCGUCUUUAAGAAAGCUGUGGAGGACGCAAUUAGAAGUAUUCAUCCCUAUCGGGCGCUUCAAGAAGUGUUUAAUAAAUUUGGGUAUUUUCUGCCAAAUUCGGUUGUCUUAGGAAAUCAACUUCGCGAAAUAUUGAAAAAACAAAUGAAUAUUUCAAUUCAAGCGCUAACUAAAAAGAAAUUUGUGCCAUCAUCACAAGAAAACGUCGAUAAAAUACUCGAAUCUAUAAAGGAUCUUGAUCUUAAUUAUUUAUUAACACCAAAUGGACAAGUCGUAAUGAUGAACCAAAUAUUCGAUUGGUUUAGUGAAUUUGGAAAUAAUGAUGAGAAGUUAAAACUUAUUAGGAUUGAUCAAAUCACUCCGUUAUAUAAGAUUUUGAAUUAUAAAUUACAGAUUGAAGUAGAAACUAUUUUAGAAAACCGAUUAGAUUCCAGAAUCUUAUUAACAGGAGUAAAAACAUUUUAUGUAGAUGACAAUUCUACAGAGGCAUUUAUUCGCAUUGAUUUUGAUCAUUCAGUCCUGAAUAGUAGUUCUUAUGAUGUUUUUGGUGUUAUUCUUGACAAUGAAGAUGUAAGAUCUGCAGUAAAUUUUGAUUUAUUCGAUUGUUAUGGAUUUUCAGCGUUUGUUACUGUUGAAGAUAGCACAGCAAAGAAUAUUAGGGGAUGGCAUAUAAUCUGGAUGGUUAUUGGAAAACCUUCUUUGGUGGGAGCUUUCAGUACAAAUUAUCGAGAAACCAAGACCGUUUUUCAUAAAGCACCCGUUGACUUAACGGCAUGCAAUGAUGACAUGAUUUACAUACAUUUACCAUUUACGUUGACCAAAAAUUCAAUUAUUUUACUUUCUGCAUUAUAUCCACCUUCUAACAAUCCUCCAAAGCAGGACUUUAGUUUAAUUAGAUGGUCCAAAGAUAUUUUGGAAUUAAAGAUUACGACACUUAAUAUAGAUCAGACUCGGCUUUCUACGUUUUAUCUUAAUAUUUGCGCUAUUUAUCCCCGUGAAGAAAUGUUCUUUAAGGUCGAUUUUGGAGAAAAGAUAGUUACAUACAAUCUAUUUGGACACAAUCUUGAUGAUAAUAAUUAUGAUCAGUUUAUUGAUUUUAAUUUUUAUAAAAAUAUCUACUUAAACUGUUUGAAUGUGGAAUUUCCA